AUGUCUGCCAUGGCAUCGAACGUCGCGGGCGGUCGCGUCGUCGCGUCCGCCGUCCGCCGCGACGGCAACGCGGUGCGAUCUCGACGCCCGCCCGGCCUCGGCGAGUUUCGUCCCUCUCGCCCUCUUCGCUCCAAGGUGGCGACCCGCGUGUCCGCGGACAGCGCCAAGAAGAUCUCGCAGAACGAGUUCACCGAGCGCGCGUGGGAGGCGAUCGUACUGGCGCCGGAGAUCGCCUCCAACUCGCAGCAGCAGAUCGUCGAGACCGAGCACCUGUGCAAGGCCAUGUUCGAGCAGAAGGACUCCUUCGCGCUCCGCAUCCUGACCCAGGCUGGCGUCGACCCCUCCGCGGCGGUCGGCUUCAUCGAUCGUUUCAUCUCCAGGCAGCCGAAGGUGAGCGGCGGCGCGCAGCAGGUGCUCGGUCGCCACCUCGAGGCCCUCGUCGAGGAGGCCCGCGUCCGCAGGUCCGCCAUGCGCGACGACUUUGUCGCCGUCGAGCACCUCGUCUUGGCCAUCUGCAAGGACGAGCGCGUCGGCAACGCGCUCAUGGCCGAGCUCGGCCUCAACGAGGACGCCCUCAAGAACGCGGUGACCAAGCUCAGGGGUGGCACCAACGUCACCGACCAGGGCGCCGAGGGCAAGUACGAAUCCCUCAAGAGGUACGCGAGGGAUCUCACCGCGGAGGCGCGAGCGGGUAAGCUCGACCCCGUCAUCGGUCGAGACGACGAGAUCCGAAGGACCAUCCAGAUCCUCUCCAGAAGGAGCAAGAACAACCCCGUGCUCAUCGGUGAACCCGGCGUGGGUAAGACCGCCAUCUCCGAGGGACUGGCGCAGAGGAUCGUGCAGGGCGACGUGCCUCUCUCGCUCCAGGGCGUGCAGGUGAUGUCGCUGGACAUGGGCCUCCUCAUCGCGGGCGCAAAGUUCCGCGGAGAGUUUGAGGACAGGCUCAAGGCCGUGAUGAAAGAGGUGACGGAUUCCGACGGCGGCAUCAUCCUCUUCAUCGACGAGAUCCACACCGUGGUCGGCGCGGGCGGCAGCGGCGGCAGCGGCGGAGGCAUGGACGCCGGUAACCUCCUCAAGCCGAUGCUCGGCCGCGGUGAGCUCCGAUGCAUCGGCGCCACCACCCUCGAUGAGUAUCGGCAAUACAUCGAGAAGGACCCGGCGCUCGAGCGUCGUUUCCAGAAGGUACUGAUCGAUCAGCCCUCCGUCGAGGACGCCAUCUCCAUCCUCCGCGGUUUGAGGGAGAGGUACGAGAUUCACCACGGCGUCAGCAUCAGCGACAACGCGCUGGUCGAGGCGGCUGUGCUCUCGGACCGGUACAUCGCCGACAGGUUCCUGCCCGAUAAGGCGAUCGACCUCGUGGACGAGGCUGCCGCCAAGCUCAAGAUGGAGAUCACGUCCAAGCCCACCGUCCUGGACGAGAUCGACCGCGAGAUUCUCAAGCUUCAGAUGGAGCAGCUCUCGCUCCGCAGACCUGCCGGAUCCAGGCCGUCGGAGCAGGCCAACGUUUCCGCGCGUCUCCAGCGCGUGGAAUCCGAGCUCGCGUCGCUUAUGGUCCGUCAGGACACGCUCACGUUCCAAUGGGAGCAGGAGAAGGCCAAGUUGGCUGCGAUCCAGCAGCUCAAGGAGGAGAUCGACGCCGUGCAGACGGAGGUGUCGCAGGCUGAGCGCGACUACGACCUCAACAAAGCCGCCGAGCUCAAGUACGGCUCUUUAAUGAACCUCCAGCGUGAGCUGCUCGAUGCUGAGGCGGCGAUGGACGCCGCCGCGGCGCAGGGCGGCGACCUGCUCCGCGACGAGGUCACCGAGUCCGACAUCGCCGACAUCAUCUCCAAGUGGACGGGCAUCCCCGUCUCCAAGCUUCAGGAGGGCGAGCGCGAGAAGCUCCUCAACCUACCUGCCGAGCUCCACAAGCGCGUCGUGGGGCAGGACCUCGCGGUACAGGCGGUCACGGAGGCUAUUCAGCGCUCGCGCGCGGGAUUAUCCGAUCCCAACCGCCCGAUCGCGUCGUUCAUGUUCCUCGGACCCACCGGCGUCGGCAAGACUGAGCUCGCAAAGACUCUCGCCACGUUCCUUUUCAACACCGAGGAGGCCAUGGUUCGCAUCGACAUGAGCGAGUACAUGGAAAAGCACGCGGUGUCCAGGCUCAUCGGCGCCCCUCCCGGUUACGUGGGCUUCGAGGAGGGCGGACAGCUCACCGAGGCUGUCCGACGCAGGCCCUACAGUGUCGUCCUCUUCGACGAGAUGGAGAAGGCUCACGGCGACGUGUUCAACGUGCUGCUUCAGAUCCUUGACGACGGACGCGUGACCGAUAGCCAGGGCCGGGUGGUGAACUUCAAGAACGCUAUUCUGAUCAUGACGUCCAACAUCGGCUCCCAGUUUGUGCUCGAGAACAUGAACGACAACAGCGAGGGCGGUAAGGCUUACAGGAGGGAGAGGGUGAUGGAGGCUGUCCGCGGGCACUUCCGACCAGAGUUUGUCAACCGCGUCGACGAGUACAUCGUGUUCGACCCCCUCGACUUCAACCAGGUGAGGAAGAUCGUCGAGCAGCAGGUGGAACGCGUGCGAUCCAGGCUCAAGGACCGCAAGAUCGGCCUGCGCGUGGACGAGUCGGCGAUCCAGAUGCUAUGCGAGGCUGGCUACGAUCCCAGCUUUGGCGCGAGGCCGGUGAAGCGCGCGGUGCAGCACCUGCUGGAGACAUCCUUAGCUCAGGCUAUCCUCCGCGGCGACGUCGCCGAGAACGAGCAGGCGGUCGUGUGGGCGCACGGAGAGGGUGAGGGGAGGCAGCUCCUCGUCGCGAAGGAGGAAGGUCAGAGGCAGGAGGAGCCUGCGCAGCAGGAGCUCAACGGCGCAGACCCUUACGCGCAGAUGUCCUGGGACCAAACCCCCCAGUGA